UUUGUGUGGCUGAUAAAGUCACGCAAGCGAUUCAUCGAAAUUCCCCGGAUGUUGCUAUUCCAGGAAGUAGGUCGUAUGACAACAAUCCUGUGACAGCGUUGGAUUUUGUGUUGAGGAACUGAUUUAAACCGCACCAAAUGGAUUGAUCGUGUGAUCUUAAGAAGAGCAUGGAGAAUGAUGAAUUUCCGUCAGCGGAUGGGGUGGAUGGGUGUUGGACUGUACCUGUUGGCCAGUGUCGCUGCAGUGUAUUACAUAUUUGAGAUCAGCCAAACAUACAACGGCCUUGCGCUGUCCCAUGUAGAAAAGGCAGGUGAAGCGCAACCAAAAUGGACGGGAGAUACACCUUCCUCCGCCCCUUUGUCAACCUCAUGGACAUUGACUCUGAAAACAAGACUACUACUACUUCCCUUCUGGGUGUGGGCUGCCAUUUUCCUUAUUCCAUACCUGCAGGUGUUUCUCUUUCUGUAUUCCUGCACGAGGGCGGACCCCAAGACUGUAGGGUACUGCAUUUUGCCCAUCUGCCUUGCUGUGCUUUGCAACCGUCACCAAACCUUUGCCAAGGCUUCUAAUCAGAUCAGCAGACUGCAACUGAUUGACACAUGAAGUCGUUGUUUAGGAUGUGGGAUCAGAUUCCAGGGGCCAUAUUUUUGGUGUGUUAGUGUUUGGGAAAUACAAAAGUGCAUUCAUGAACAAUAUUAUAGAUGUGUUGUCUAUAUGUGAGUUUUUGUUGUUGUUAUGGGCCUUAAAUGGGGAUAGGGUUUAAGUGCUUUACUGUAGAAUUAAGGGUUUGAUAUCAGUUUUUAUGCAGCAGAGGACUGGACCAUAGGCUGUGUUGUUGUCAAACUAUGGAUGCAAAGUGAAUGUGCUUUUAAAGAAAAUGGUUUUAUAACCAGAUCCAAGAGCUUCUUCUGUGCUGAUUCUGUCUUGGAGUACUUUUUUAAAAGUUUGAUUUUGUUUUAAAUGAAAUAAAAGUUUAAUAUUUA